AUGAAAGUCUAUGAGAGGGUGGUGGAGCUGAUCAGGUUGAGGAGGAUUGUGACUAUUUCUGAAAACUGGUUCGGCUUUAUAUUGGGACAUUCGACUAAAAAAGCUAUCCAUCUUGUUAGGAGGUUGAUGGAGCAGUACAGGGAGAGGAAGAAGAAUUUACAUAUGGUGUUCAUCGGCUUAGAUGAGGCUUACAAUAAAGUACCGAGGGAGAUUCUGUGGAGAUUCUUGGAGGCUAGAGGCGUUCCGGUUGCAUACAUCAGGGCUACUAAGGACAUGUAUAAUGGAGCUAAGACUCGAGUGAGGACAGUGGGAGGGGACUCAGAACACUUCUUAAUUAUGAUGGGAUUGCAUCAGGGGUCAGCCAUCAGCCCAUUUCAAGUCGAUCGAUGCUCUGACGCGCCACAUUUAAGGGGAGAUGCUGUGAUGCAUAUUAUUUAUAGACGAGAUUGUACCAAUUGA